CCCCAAACGAAUGUGGUUAUACAAGAAUGCAAUUGAAAACUACAAUAUCCGCAUUGCCUUGAUGAUUGUAUUUAUGUGUUGCAUGUUUACGAUAUUUGAUUUGCAAGAGGGCUUAUCUCUUUCAAACGGAUCUCUGAUUCUCAAUAUUGACAUUUUCACACAUUAUUGCGACACGACAAUCCGUUAACGUGGUUGAACUCUGGAAAACUGAUCAUGCCACAAAUCAAAACCGGCUCGUCAAGUGAGCCUUUGAACAACAGCACGUUCCAAGUCGAGUUCCGACCCGAAUGUAAAAUGACCCAUGUACACCAAUUGACCAAGGAUACAAGUGCCCAAGUGGUUCUGUAAUCUGAUCAGCACAAUGGACGAUUCAAUUCUAUUACCCCAGGCAUAUCCCUUUCCAAGUUUCUUCUUGCUUUCGGGCUAGAUCUAUCCAGCCUUAGCUCAGAACUACGUUGAUUCCAAUGUUCCAUGGCAACACGAGCGAUUGGAACAUAAGAGAGAAAAGAAGAGAGGAACACCCAAGGUUGAUAAUCCCCAUCACACACCCCAAAAAAAGAGGAGGAUCAGACAGACGAUGAUGGGCUUUCAGUUUGUUCAGGGACGCUGGCCACGAAGCACUGACUGCUCUCCACACUUUUGCAACAUAUUCCAGGAUCAGUUAAGCAUGAUGAGCUGAGGUUUGGCGACAAGCACGAGUCAUUAGUAAACACAUCAGAGCUCGGAUUCGUUGGAAAUUCCCCAAAUGGAGGCAGACCGACUUGAACGAUAAGUGCUCACAUCACAUAAGGUGAAGUGAUGAGUUGAUUGUGGUUCAUAACAGCAACUAAUGUGAAAGGCCAUCGCUGUUAAGGAAAAACAAAGAACCUUCAGAGGGAUUCAAUAAUGGCUUGCUUGCGCGAGUUCGGUGCUCAUCUCCGAGAUUUGAAUUUCAAUUCUUCGCCUUUGAUGAAUGGCUCUUUGUUGGCUUCAUCGCCCCAUUCCUCCUCGUCCUCCGAUUCGUCCCUUGGGAUCAUUCUGGCUUGUGUUCUGAGUCUGGUCGGAUUAGUGGGCGCCUGCCUCAACAUUCUGGUUAUCUUGGGCGUGUACGGCAAUGCCCGUCUGGGAACCACCGUGAACAAGCUUCUGAUUUGGAUCUGUUGUUUGUCAUUGCUCGAAGCCACGGUGGGCAUCCUGAUGAAAACACUCAUCUUGGCCAACGUGAUCCAACGUGUUGUUUUGUCCCAACACAAUGAAGGUUUUUGUCAGGUGAUUUCAGCCAUUCCUUUUAUCUUCUCCAAUUGCAUUGUGGUUCUCUGGACAGCCAUAUCUGUUUAUAGGCUCUACCUCGUGAUCACAUCCGCUCGCCAAGGAGGCAAGAAUCGCUUGAUUCACUCUUCAAGAGCCUCACGAAUUGCCCAGAAGAUCCUGCCCUUGGUGGCCUGUUCAUUGGGAACCACCACGGGCAUCCUGAUGGUCACGUGGACCAAGUCCUUCGUGCUGUUUCGGGAGUGCCGUGGAUCGUGCGAUAACUACAAUGAGGAGAGCGACCAUUGGGCGGCGGCUUUUCAAAUUGCCGUCGCUUUUAUUUAUCACAUUCCGUCCGGGAUCUGUUAUGCGAUCAUUUAUUGCUUCAUCAAGCGACAUCAGCGCCAAAACAAGGCCAAAUCUUCUCUGGCCCAACCCGGAGCGAUGGCCAUGAGUUUGUUGCAAGUUCCGGCCACCCAAGGGACUCGAUUGGCCUCAGUCUCGCCCGAUGAAGGGGAAAGUUCUCAAGUGGUCCCGGAACCAUCAGAUGGAACCGAAAUCACAGCUCUGCCUCUGCCAUCUGACGGUCGUAGUCGAAAAUCAUCUGUCAUGGACACUUUAUCUCUACGUUGGUCCCAUCUUCGAAGCGCCCGCGGUCCCUCUCCUUGUCCCAUGAUCCCCUCGGACAUGAGCGAUGACGUUUUCGAUGAGCAAGAAUUCACACAUUUGAGUGAAUCACUAAGACAAAAACGACAUUCCAACAUUUUUCCAAUGCAAGAAUUGAACAGGAAAGCCAGUUCCAAAAUUAACACUCCACGUGGAUCCUUGAGAUCGCAUAUUGGUCAGUCGCGACUGUUGAGCGUUUCGGCCUCCAAUGGGAAUGGAUCCUCGUCAGAGCCUCCGUCACUCGUGGAGUCGAACCCCUCUCCGGUUGUAAAAGAGGCCAAUAAAGUGGUGGAGAUAAAGACCGACAUGACAUCAAUUGAGGCCACAGCCAUGUGGUGGGAUAAUCAGACCAAACUCAAAAAGCUCAGACGACGACGCAAAAACAUCGUUUCAGCCAAAAUCAGCGUGAUUUUUCUCACUAUUAGCGUGCUGGCUUUGUUGAUGCUCCAAUUUGGUUAUGCCAACUUUCCGGAGAAGUACAAGGACCGCUUAAAAGAGAGGGCCUUUGCCUAUGCAUUCUUUUACGAUGGUUGCUUAUUGGUCGUUGGACCGCUUAUGGUCAUCUAUGGAUCAAAGGAGCUCAGAGUGUCCAUCAAGAAGAAGUUUAAGACUCGUUGCAAGGAGUAAUGGGUGGACCCCCUCCGUGUCAAAUAUUCUACUUGUAUUUGGACCAUGUAUGAGUGUCAGUUUUCAGAAGGCUUUGAUGUUUCAUGUGUAUCAUGGCCAAUAUCGUCACAAUCUCUAUGUCAGAACAUCCUGCUUCAAAUUUCUUGCUGUUAGUAAAAAAGUUACAACUAUUAAGUCCAAAUGUCCUCGAAAAUCCAAACCAAACCAAAAAAAAGGAUCUAUGAAUGAAC